AUCGUGACGAGGGCCGCAAUUGGCCCGCGGGCCGCGAGUUUGAGACCCAUGCUUUAGACCCAUGUUGUGCAUCAAAGGGUUAAAGUAAAAGCACUGAAUUCGUAUUUUGUUGUAGAAUUUAUAUAGAAAAAAAAUCUUUUUUUCCAGUAAGACUGGUUUUAAUCUGUAUCUCUCUCCUCCCAGGCAUGAACUCUCCGGGAGGCCGCGUCCUCUCUGAGGACCAGUUCAGCUGCUCCAUCUGUCUGGAGGUGUUCGUGGAGCCCGUCUCCACUCCCUGCGGCCACAGCUUCUGCAAGGCCUGCCUGCAGGGCUACUGGAACCACAGCAAGAAGUUCCUCUGCCCCAUGUGCAAGAAGAGCUACUCCAAAAAACCCGAGAUGAGCGUCAACAGGGUCCUGGCCGAGAUCUCGUCCCAGUUCCAGGGGCUGAUGCAGGCCGGAGGAGCUGCGGCGGUGGACGGGGGGACCGGGGGGGGCUCCUCUCGGGGAUCCACGCUCAACCUGAGCUCAGAUACGGGCCGCGGGAGCUCCCCUGGCACCGACAACGGGGAGUUCGCCCGGGCCGGGGAGGUCCCCUGUGACGCCUGCAUCGGGAGGAAGGUGAAGGCGCUCAAGUCCUGUGUGAACUGUCAAGGAUCCUUCUGUGAGACUCACCUCAGGCACCAUAAAAAGGUGAAGUCUCUGAUAUCUCACCGUCUGAUCGAGCCCACUUUCCACCUGGAGGAGAAGAUCUGCAAGAAACACGAGCGUCUCCUGGAGGUCUACUGCCGCACCGACCACACCUGCAUCUGCACGGCGUGCGCCGAGGCCUCGCACAAGUCUCACGACAUCGUCUCCACCGACCACGAGUGGAAGAAGAAGAUGAGUAAUCUGGGUAAGAAGAGGUCGGAGCUCAAACAUUUGAUCAAGGAGAGAGCCAAGAAACUGGAGGAGAUCAAACAAUCCAUCAAGGUCAUCAAGGCCAGCUCUCAGAGGGAGCUGGAGGAGAGCUGGCAGGUGUUCGCGGAGCUGCAGCGCAUGGUGGAGCAGAGUCAGGCGGAGCUGGUGGAGCUGAUCGCCACGAGGCAACGCGAGGCUGAGCGUCACGCUCAGGAACUGGCCAGAGGUUUGGAGAACGAACUGAGCCAACUGAGGAGGAGGAGCAACGAGCUGGAGGCCUACGCACAGACACAGGACAAAGUUGUCUUCCUGCAGCACCUGUCCACACUGUCCCCCCCUCCCGAGCCCACCGAUUGGUCGGCUGUCAGCAUCAACACCGACCUCUACCUGGGAACCAUCCGCUCCUCCGUCAGCAGCCUCAUGGACAAGUUCCAGGAGGAGCUCAAGAGACUGUACGGGAAAGAGCUCCGGAAGGUGCAGAACUAUUCAAGCGAGGUGAUUUUGGACCCGGCCACGGCCCAGAAGCACCUGGUCGUGUCCGACGAUGGCCGCCAGGUGAGAUACGAAGAGCGUAAGACCUCCCACUCCGAGGGCCCCAAACGCUUCAGCCCCGCCCUCUUCGUCCUGGGCCGAGAGGGUCUCAACUCCGGGCGCCACUACUGGGAGGUGGACGUCACCCGCAAGACGGCCUGGACGCUGGGCGUGGCCAGCGCCUCGGCCCGCCGCAAGGGCGAGAUCAAGCUGAGUCCGGAGGGGCGGUACUGGUGCCUGUGGCUGAAGAACAUGGAGGUGAAGGCUCUGGCGGCGUCCCGCCUGCCUCUCCAGCUGCCGGCCCAGCCCAGUAAAGUGGGAGUCUUCCUGGAUUACGAAGGAGGCCAGAUCUCUUUCUACGACGUGAAGUCGCGUCUGCAUCUCUACACCUUCGUCGACACGUUCAACGAGGCUCUGUACCCGAUCUUCAGCCCCUGCCUCAGCCAGGAGGGGAAGAACUGCUCUCCUCUCGUUAUCACUCCAGUUAAACAGACCUGAGGCCGACAGCCAAUCAGAAGCCAGCGAGUCGGUCGGGUUUAGGUCAAGGAAAGUUUGGUGCAAGGUGCAAAUACUUGGUCUUGUUUUUACUUCUCAGUGAACCAACUUUAAGACAGUUUUUCCAGUUUGCGAAGCACUUUAUCAAACAGCUUUAUCCCUCUAUGGUACGCAUUAUGAUGCCAGUUAGGAAAAAAAUGGUUGGAGUGUUUUUAUAUAUAUUCUAUGGUUUGUUGCCUGUUGCCAUGUGUGGAAGUUAUAAGCAAAUAAGACAUGCAAAGUUCACUAUAAUAGUAGACUAUGGUAGACUAUAGUAAUAGCCUGAACUUUACUUUACUGCAACCAACAUCAAAUAUAUCUCAAUAUAUCUAUUAGCUCAGGGCAACAGUUGCAUUUAACAAGUUUUCAUUAUUUAAUUAGAAAAUAAAUCGCAUGAAACUAUCAAAAAUGAAGGUUUACUCACCUAUUAGUAGGAAUGUAUUUUUUUCCAGAUGGAAAAGGACCAGGAAAUUACGUUUUGAGAGCUGUUUGUGGCACAAAAUGGCAAAGCUGUUUCCUUUGGGAAAAGUCUGCAAAAAAGUGUUUCAAUAUGGCCUCCUGGAGGUCAUGUGACAAAUUAAAGCAUUGCUAUUGGUUCAUAAUACUCUUCCCUCUUUUUUAAAGUAAUGCAAAACUCAAAAAGAUGCAUUGUAGAAAUUUGACAGGCAAAAAUGGGUUUGUUGCCUGAGGGCAACACCAUACCAUAGAGGGAUAAUAUAACUCUGAAUGUAUAUAUGAAUAUGCUCUGAAUGUGGCUCAAUACAGAGUCACUGCUACAACUAAAACCUGACCAGUAUGGGAUAAAAGAUAGAGGGGACAAAUUAACUGAUGAUGAUAUGCUAUAUGGUAUGAUAUUUCGCAGAGGAAUGAAAAUAGACCUUUUUUUAUGUAGAUUUUGCACCAAUAUGACUUUGCAAAGGUUGAAAAAGAACUUUAUUGAAGAAUAUUUAACACUAUAUUUUGUUAUUAAUACAAUCUAUUAUAUUGUCACUCAAUUCUAUAAAUGCAAUUUU